CAGCCCUGUCGACGGCGUACUUUAGGUGUGUGCACGGGCCUUGUUCAGCCUCCUCUAUUUGGUCGCUUAGUGGGGAAUUUCAGUGUCCCAGCCUCCUCAUUGUGCGUAGUUGGGACAACCACAUCCCCAAACCCCAUUUAUACACCAUCACCACAUAACUUUUUGCGCAAAUCCACCAUAAUACAUAAACAAUGUCAAGGGCUCUUUAUUGUUCAACUAUUAUUGGAAGCUAUUGAAUCUAUUCUUCUGAUAUCCUAUUGCGCCAGUUCAAUUAUUGGGUUCUGCGCAACUAGCGAAAGACUACCAACCAAAACAAGCCACGACCAAGCUCAAUUCUCUGUAACUCUGUUUUGAGACUUCAACUUUGCGACCACAACAGACCCUCAACCACAACUUCUACAAUCGAGAAAUUAAUUGCAACCCCCUUAUAUAUACAGCUGCUUUGUUUCUGCUGGACAGAUUGGCUAUUUACUCAGUCUCCGUGGACACAGAAUUGCCAGAAAGCGACCGCGAAUAAACCUUCAAACCACAAAACCACAAACGAAGCCUUUAUUUGUCAACAUGGCAGGCGCGACUACAACUCCUCCUCCCACUUCGCGGAUCAGGAUUCCUCCAACCCCACGACUCGGAUUAGAAGACGACUACCAACCUUACGCGCGCAGAAAGUCAACUCGCGUCGCAUCACAACGUGAGAGCUCGGCACAGGCACCACCUCCCGCUUCCAACCACAACCUUAGAUCCGCACACUCCUCCCCUCAGUCUGCCACAAAGCGCAGUGUUUCUGGCUCUUCCAAUAUUACACCUCCUUCCACCAUUUCACGCAAGCGAGCAAACAAACCCACACUUUUGGGCGAAGACCAAGCCUCCUCCCAAACAACAAGAGGUGCCAGUUCCCCACAGGGCUUCUACUCCUCCAUCGGCACAAGGAACGAGAUGCUUCCAACUCCAGCAAAGACGCCGCAGAAGCGUGCAGAAACCAAAACCCCAACGAUCACAUCGAUCGCCCGAAACCUCUUCCCAGUCCGCCUCGAAACUGUCGAGCAGGCGAUGCCAUCUCCCAAGAGCCAACGCAAGAAGUACAAAGGGUUUUCCCUCGACGGAUAUGGCGAAGAUGAGGAUGAAUCAAUUGCCAUCUUUACGGAUUCCAAGGAACGCCUUCCGGAAGUUGACGCGAGCUCUGACAACCCUUUCUACGGGCCAGAGGUGAUCACAGCUGACGAGCCAUCGAAACGGAGAAGCAAGCGCAGAAGAGUCGAGCCACGCGAGUCCAACGGUGCAGAUGAGGAGGCUCAAGAUGAAGAGCGCAAAGAUGGCCUUGUAUAUGUAUUCCGUGGCAAGAAAAUCUUCCGCAGAUUCAGUGACCUGGAUGAGAUACAAUCACGUCCUUCUGCUGCCGAUGAAGUUGAGGAUGAGGUUGAUGUUACCGUCCCUUCCAGACUUUGUGGUCCUCUUACUCGAUCUUCCAUGAAGCCUCGUCUUCUGUUCCCCACCCAAAGGCAACUCGAUGAGAGGGACAGCCAGUACAGCGAAGCUGACGAGGAAGCUGACACCGACAUCGAAGAAGGCAACGCCCUCGCUACUCCUUCCCUGCAAACCGACAAGGUUGCAACUCCACGUGCUCCAAGAUUUGCACCUGUCUCGCCGCCAAGUACCGUGGCCCGAACGACUCGCUCCAAGAAGGUGUCCUCCGAUGAUGGCAUGGCCGGGGCCGGCUUCUCCAGCUUAGGCUCAGCAUCACCAUUUGAGAGCUGGCAGCGCACCAAACCCAAAGGUCAAAAGAGGGGCAGUGACGUCGUGUCCGCUUUCGACACCGGAAAUCACAAACGUGUCCGUGGCUAAAUCUUUCUUUGCAUGGCCUGGAUCUAUCUGCUACAUGGCAGCUUUUUGUAUCCAGCCUGCUCUCUUUCAUCACGCUGUCGUCACUGGCGCGGCGCUUGGACACGAUGUCCUUUUUUCCUGUUUGUAUAACGACGAUGCAUUGACCGCGACUCUCUUUUUUCAAUUAAUACCAACCUGAUACAUACGGCACGACUCUCAUGGCUUUACACACAAUGGCGCAACGAAAUCUUUCCGGUUCUGGGAUGCACUGGGCAGGGCAAAUGGGGGUGGGAUACAUGGGGUGAGAAUAUGAAGUAGGACGAGUCAAUAGGGGUUCAAUGUAACAUGGACUGGAGAAAAGAAGCCAGAGGAUGGUUACUGGUUGCUGGAUAAUGUAGACUAGAAUAACUGCGCCAAUAAAAGAGCGAAUUCAAAUACGAAU